CCCCAUAAAACAGACACACAACUCUACAGUCUACACACCUCUCUCUCUCUCUCUCUCUCUCUCUCUCUCUGUCUCUCCGAGCAGCGCAGGCGAGCGAGGAGGAGGAGGUAGCGGGCGAUGGCUGCAGCGAACGGCGAGAAGGGGUUCGAGGUGCCGGAGGUGGAGAUCAAGUACACCAAGCUCUUCAUCAAUGGCCAGUUCGUCGACGCAGCCUCCGGGAAGACGUUCGAGACCCGGGACCCACGCACCGGCGAGGUGAUCGCCCGGAUCGCUGAGGGAGACAAGGCCGACAUCGACCUCGCCGUGAAGGCCGCCCGAGAGGCCUUCGACAACGGCCCAUGGCCCAGAAUGCCCGGCUGUGCGCGGGGCCGGAUCCUGAACAAGUUCGCGGACCUGGUGGACUCGCACAUCGAGGAGCUAGCGGCGCUGGACACGGUGGACGCCGGGAAGCUCUUCAUGAUGGGCAAGCUGGUGGACAUCCCGGGCGGCGCCAACCUUCUCCGGUACUACGCGGGCGCCGCCGACAAGAUCCACGGCGAGACGCUCAAGAUGACGCGCCCGCUGCACGGGUACACGCUCAAGGAGCCCCUGGGCGUCGUGGGCCACAUCGUGCCCUGGAACUACCCGACCACCAUGUUCUUCUUCAAGGUAAGCCCGGCCCUGGCCGCCGGCUGCACCAUGGUCGUCAAGCCCGCCGAGCAGACGCCGCUCUCGGCUCUCUUCUACGCGCAGCUCGCGAAACAGGCCGGGAUCCCCGACGGCGUCCUCAACGUCGUGCCGGGGUUCGGACCCACGGCUGGGGCUGCCAUGUCGUCUCACAUGGAUGUUGACAAGAUCAGCUUCACUGGGUCGACGGAGGUCGGGAGGCUGGUCAUGGAGGCGGCCGCCAAGAGCAACCUCAAGUCCGUCUCGCUCGAGCUCGGCGGCAAGUCUCCGAUUAUUGUGUUUGAUGAUGCUGAUCUGGACAUGGCCGUGAACCUGGUUAACAUGGCCACGUACACGAACAAGGGCGAGAUCUGCGUGGCUGGGUCGCGCAUAUACGUGCAGGAAGGGAUCUACGACGCGUUCGUGAAGAAGUCGAUCGAGGUCGCAAAGAAAUCGGUGGUCGGAGAUCCUUUCAACCCGCAUGUACAUCAAGGACCUCAGGUUGACAAGGACCAAUACGAGAAGGUUCUCAAGUACAUCGAGGUCGGUAAGCGCGAAGGCGCCACGCUGCUCACCGGAGGGAAGCCCUGCGGCGACAAGGGGUACUACAUCGAGCCCACCAUCUUCACAGACGUCAAGGAGGACAUGGCUAUCGCGCAAGAGGAGAUCUUCGGGCCUGUGAUGUCUCUCAUGAAAUUCAAGACGGUGGAGGAGGCGAUUCAGAAGGCGAACAACACCCGGUACGGGCUGGCAGCCGGCGUGGUGACCAAGAACAUCGACAUCGCCAACACGGUGUCGCGGUCGGUGAGGGCAGGGGUCAUCUGGAUCAACUGCUACUUCGCCUUCGACAACGACUGCCCCUUCGGCGGGUGCAAGAUGAGCGGCUUCGGCAAGGACAUGGGCAUGGACGCCCUGGACAAGUACAUGCACACCAAGACGGUCGUCACUCCACUCUACAACACGCCCUGGCUCUGAUCUGAACCGAAUCUCAAUCCAUCGGGUCAUGGAUAGCACAUGAAUUAAUUGUUGUGACAGGGUAAAAAGGAUUGGGUUUAUACGGCUGACGCCUGGGUUACUUGUUUUCGUUUUUGUUUACACUUUGCUUGGAUCAGAGUGUAUCGUGUUUUUCUUCCCAGCACAAUAAGCACACAGGUUACGGUUACUUGGGCUCUGCUCUGAUCUGCUUGUAAGGGCAUGUUUAUUUAUUUAGUCGGGGGGGUAAGGACAUUUUUCAGUCU